ACCACUUCCUAAUCUGCUUCCUGGUUUGCAGAAAACUGAAACAAUGGCUACUGACGGUGUUCCGUCAGAGAUCAUAGAAAGAGAACGAAAAAAGUUACUUGAAAUCCUCCAGCAAGACCCUGAUACUGUCUUAGACACGUUAACCUCUCGGAGGCUGAUUUCUGAAGAAGAGUACGAGAUUCUGGAGAAUGUUCCAGAUCCCCUGAAGAAAAGUCGGAAGCUGCUAAUUUUGGUACAGAAAAAGGGAGAAAUGAGCUGUCUGCAUUUUCUCCAGUGUUUAGGUAGUACUUUUCCAGAGUCAGCUACCAUUUGGGACUUAAGUUUAAGGCACGAGUUUUUAAAACAUGAGACUAUAGAACCUUCUCAAUCUACGGGGGUAAGCAAGAAUUCAGAAGAUACUUUUUUCUCCGGGGAGAAACAGCCUGAGAACCCUGAGAUCACAGCGUUCUUCAAAGAGAAAGGACAAUUGGAUUUGGAAACCUCUGAGCCUUUUGGGGACAAGAAAAUUCGUGACAGGGAAACUGCUUUGUCCUCUAAGGAGGAGAAUGAGAAGGUAUGCGGCACACCAAAAGACACAUUCUCACAUUCAGUUGAGGAUGUUGAAUAUGAAAUUCCAUCAACUAUUGCAUAUUUAAGGGAUGGACAGAGAGACGAGGAACCAGAUGAUUUAUUAUACCUGGGAAAAGAAGAAUAUCUAGGAUCUGUUGGAUACUUUGAAGAUGCAGAAACCACUGUAGAAGAGGAGGACUAUGACACAGAGCAGGUUGUAUACUAUGGUGAAGAGGACUCUGAGAAUUCAGAACCCACAGAGUUCUCUGAUGAUGAGCAGAGUUAUGAGGAGUCGGAAACUGGCAUGUUAUUGGAAGAGGAGGAGAAGAAAAGUAUGGAAGAAAGAAAAAAAGUGUUUAAAGACGUCCUGGCAUGUCUGAACAUGGAUAGGAGCAGAAAGCUUCUGCCAGAUUUUGUUAAACAGUUUUCCUUAGACCGAGGAUACACAUGGACACCUGAAACUCCUGGAGAUUUAGCUUGGAAUUUCCUGAUGAAAGUUCAAGCACUGGAUUUGACAGCCAGAGAUUCGAUUCUCAGGCACAAGUUUCCAAGCGAGGACAGGAAUGGGGAAUUGCUAACUGAAAUGGAGAAUUUGGAACUUAGAGACAAACAGACCGUUAACCCCUUUGAUGUCCUUUGUGCUGCCAUGCUUUGUUCAGACAGCUCUUUGCAAUGCGAAGUCAUGUCAAACAUGUAUCGAUGCCAGUUUGCUCUUCCCCUGCUACUGCCUGAUGCAGAAAACAACAAAAUCAUCUUCAUGCUGGGGGCUAUGAAGAACAUUGUGAAGAAGCAGUCAGCCCAGUCCUCAGGAGGACCUGCUGAGGAUACAGAAAAGUUUCUGGCUCACAUCAAGAUGCCUGUCAUCUCUUUUGUUCGUUUAGGAUACUGUAGCUUCUCCAAGUCCAAAAUCCUCAACGCACUGCUCAGGCCUGCCCAGGUGAAAUCGCACAAAAUCUUUCUUCAUCAGGAUUCGCCUGCUUUGGUGCUUCCCCGGCAAAUCUCUGAUGGCCUGGUUGAGAUAACUUGGUGUUUUCCUGAUGGCGAUGAUCUAAAGGAAAACCUUAGUUUUUUUCAAAAGCCUGUUGCUGUGGCCAACCUUCGUGGAGACCUAGAAUGUUUUUGCGUGCAAUUUGGUUUUUUGAUGGAAGUUUCCUCAGCUGUGUUUUUUUUCACCGACUACGUAGGUGAGAAGGAAUGGAGCCUGCUAAGGUUUUUAGGAGAAGCUGCACUUGAAAAAUGCUACUUUGUCCUCAGUCCGCAGGCCAGGGAAAGUGAAGAGGCUCAGAUUUUUCAGAGGAUCCUGGAAUUGAAGCCAUCACAGCUACUGUUUUUAGAAGGCGAGGAAGCUGGGGAUAGAGGGAAGGACAUGCAGUGCCUUCAAGCUGCCCUCCAGGAAGUGAUGUGCUCUUCACUCAGAUGUGUGUCCGUGAAAGACAUGGCCCCCCUGGCCAGGGAAUUGGGGAUCCAGGUAGACCAAGACUGUGAGAACACUCAAGGAAUUCAGGUUUCCCCUAGUGAAAACAUGGCUGGAACAGCUGAAAGUAAGGGACAACAAAGACAUAGUCAGCCAAAAACCCCAGCUCAGAUGCCUACAAGAGAUACUGGGGUUAUAUGUGCAGUCAGCCAGAAUCCUCAGAAUAGCUACUCCACCUCAGUUUUCAGGUCUCUUCCACAAAACUCCUGGCCUUUACCAUCCAGGAUUGGAGGUAGCUUUAACCAGGCUUCCUUGAAAUCCUCCUGGCUUAUAGGCCACCCCUUUUGGCCAGAGCAGAGGCCUAAGUGUUUCCGUCCUUUCACCUUUCAUAACACAAGGGCUCAUAGUCGAGGUAAGAGUUUUGGUUUUCAAUACUUCCAACCCCAGAGGUUUUAUUCGGAUAAAACAUUCAUGAAAUUUUCAGGAACCACUGGGGGAUGUGACUGGAAUGGAAUGUUUGGGAGACAACCAAGACCUAUCUCUCAGCAUGCACAGGCCUGGCCUGAAAGACCAGAAACAAUGGGAGCUUUUGGAAAGUCUGGGGCAGUGAUCUCUCAGGUAGGUCACUUCCAUUCCCUGGGCUUACAGCCAACAGGAAGAGUUGGAAAGCCACAACCUGGGCCAGCCUGUGCUCAGGGAGCACAGCUAGCUGCAGCAACGGAAAAAGUAAUGAGAACAUCCCACAUAAAAGAUCCUCGUCAUCAAGCCUUUCAAGCAGCAGGAACCACACGAAAGCCCAUUAGACCGUCCUGUGGGCAAAGUGCCCAGCAGAAGACACAGAGUAGGCCUUCAAAUCCAGCUUUCCAAACACAACCGCAUCCCAUGUCCACUAGCAAACUUUCACCCAGCUCUCAGUCCAAAUCUAAUCAGCCCAAGCACUCCCAGCCUCAACCCUCCCAACCUGUGUUCUCUCAACCCAAACCCACUCGAAUAAAACCAACUCAGCCCCAGCCCUCCCAACCUAAAGCCCACCAGUCCACACCCACUCAGCCCAAACCGUCCCAACCUAAUACUCCCCAGUCCAAACCCACUCAGCCUAAGUGCUCCCAGUCUAAGUCCUCUCAGCCCAGACCAUCUCAGCCUAAGUCAUCCUGGGCCAGUCCUUCACAGGCCAAGGUAUACUACCCAAAAGCAGGUUCCAAAAAGGUAGGGAAACAUUAAAGUGCUUACGCCAGGAACCUAUGAAACCUAGCCUUUACCCAGGUCAUUCCUAUCAUGUAGUAACCUAAAGAGUUUCAGUAAUGGUAAAAGACUACUGUCCUCAGCAUGACACAGACAAAAAGAUAUGCAAAGCCUGACUGAAUAUCGUUAAAAUACUUCUGAGAAGUAUUUUAACUGACAGGGAUAAUAUGAAGAAAUUAAGAAUAGAGUCAAGCAGUAAAUAAAUUAGUUCAAUCCAACCUUGAGUAUGAGGUAAUGUGUAAGCCGAAUCCACUGAUGAGGGCUGUGAGACAACCUCAUAUGGAGGAGAAUGGAUUUAAAGGAGCCCUGGUGGUGCAGUGGUUAAGAGCUCAGCUGCUAACCAAAGGGUCGGCAGUUUGAAUCCAUAAAUGGUCCUUAGAAACACUAUGGGGCAGUUCUACUCUGUGCCGUAGGGUCUCUGUGAGUAGGACGACUCAAUGACAAUGCAUUUGGUCUAUGUUUGGUUUAGUUGCUAAGGAGUCACUGGGUAGUGGAAAUGGUCAACUACUCAACUAGUAGCCUAAAGGCUGGUGGUUCAAACCCACUCAGUGGCAUCUUGGAAGGCAGAUCUGGCAAUCUGCUUCUGAAAAGUCAACAGCCUUGCAAAGCCUAUGGAGCAGUUCUCUGCACGUAUGGGGUUGCCAUGAGUUCUAAUCGGCUCGAUGGCAACUAACAAUAGUUGCAGAGUGACCAUAAAACAGGGCUCAAAUGGCCACAGCAUUGCAGGAAAAAUUGCCCUAGAUGUUUGCUGCUCUAGAGGCACCCUGGUCAAAAGCUUCUGGUCCAACAUCAGCCUGCUGAACGGAUAACCCUGCUAUUUGGGAAUAGUUAAAUCAGGUUUCUUGGUAUAACCCCUUGCUGUUGAGUCAAUUCUGACUCAUAGCGACCCUAUAGGACGGAGUAGAACUGCCCAAUAAAGUGUCUAAGGAGCAGCUGGUAGAUUCAAACUGUCAACCUUUUGGUUAGCAGCCAAGCUGUUGAACAAUUUUGCCACCAGGGCUCCAUAGCGUUUCCAAGGAGGGUCUGGUAGACUUGAACUGCCGACAUUUUGGUUAGCGGUCAUAACUCGCAGUAGCUCUUAACCACCAUGCAAUUUGCUUAAAUGAUAAAACUCUGUGACAUAAAAUGAUGAACUAAAAACCAGUAAAAUUAAUUUGUUUGUAUUAAAAUAUUUGUAAUAUUUAAGAAAUUUGGUUUAUUAGAGGAUCUAAAAUAUUAGCCUUAUGAUUCAAAUUUAAAAUGUAUAACUGAGUUUUAAAUUUUAGAGUUUGCAAUUUUUUGAAGUUGAAAGGAUUAAGAUAAGUUUACAAAGUUUGAAAAGGUAUUGAAAUGUUUAAGAACUUAAGGUUCACUGAAUUUGUAAUUUUAACUUAUUCAUUAUUCUAAGUAUUUGGGUAAGUUCUGCUAAUUGGAAGCAUUAGGUUAAGCUAAUAUAUUAAAUUUGUAAACACCAUUUAAAAUACAGUCAUUCCUCUGUAAACACGGGGGACCGGUUCCAGGAACCCCCGCAGGUACCAAAACUUGAAGAUGCUCAAGUCCCUUAUAUAAAAUGGCAUAGUAUUUGCAUAUAACCUAUGCAGUCUUCCUGUAUACUUUAAAUUGUCUCUAGAUUACUUAUAAUACCUAAUACAAUGUAAAAGCUAUGUAAAUAGUUGUUAUAUGGUAUUGUUUAGAGAACAAUGACAAGAAAAAGAAGUCUUUUUUUAAAAUGUUUUUCAUCUGAGGUUGGUUGAAUCCAAAGAUGUGAAAUUUAAUUAACUGAACUUGUAAAUGACACCAAAUAUUAGUAAAAGAUUCCUUUAAAGGUAGAUGUUAAAGUUCACUAGAUUUAUAAAUAAGAUAAUAUGAUUUGUUACUGAAUUAAAAACCCUGAUUUUUGAAUUUGAAACUUUAAUAAAAUUGCUAUUAAUUUCAAAUGCUAAAACAUUUGAAUUUUUUUUCUGGGUUAAAAAAAACUCUUUUUGUUUAAA